AUGUCGGGUUCCAAGAUUACCCUUUACGUCGAUAUCGUCAGCCCCUUCGCAUAUAUUGCUUUUCACGUGCUGCAGAACUCACCCGCCUUUGCAAAAUGUGAAGUCACAUACGUUCCGAUCCUACUCGGAGGUUUGAUGAAUGCAGCUGGCAACAGUCCUCCAAUCAACGUCAAGAAUAAGAAAGCCUACUUGGGCCAGCAGCGAGUGCGAUGGGCAAAAUAUUUCUCAGUCCCGAUCGUAGACGGAUUCCCCAAAGGCUUCCCCUUCCGCACAUUACCCGUGCAACGUGCGCUGUGCGCAAUCUCCCAGAAAACCCCAGGAAAGCUCGUUACGGUAAUCGAGGCGUUAUUCCACGCAGUCUGGGUUGAAGGCAACACAGCCAUCGGUGAACCCGAUGGCUUUGCUCCCGUGCUCGAGAGCAUACUUGGGAAGCAAGAGACGCUAGAUAUUCUGGCAGAUAUGAACAAUCCGGAAAUCAAGGCCCUUUUGACUGCGAAUACCGAUCAGUCUUUUAAUUCGGGAGCUUUCGGGCUGCCGUGGUUCGAGUGCACAAAUUCCAAGGGCGAGACCGAGGGCUUCUUUGGUGUUGAUCACUUGGGUCAAGUGGCUGACUUCCUGAGUUUGGAUCGCGGCCUUGACAGAGGGUUCAGGGCGGCUCUCUAG